GAAAAGGAGCAGCUGCUGAAAGCUCCUCUCUUUCUUUCUUCUUUUCCCUCCACUGGAGGCUGAGCUUCCCAGGGCAAAUGCUGCCAGAUCCGGCCCAGCGGCGUCUAUGGAGAUGAUGGAGGAGAGCUGAGAGUCCCAGGGUCGGAUUUGGCAUCCAGUGUGGACAAGACAUGCGCCGAGAGGCUCCGGAGCUGGCCUGAUCCUGGGUGCUAAGCAGGGCCAGCCCUGGCUGGGACUUGGAUGGGAGACCACCAGGGAAUCCCCAGGUUUGGCAAAAUGAUGUGUGUGUUUCUCUUUGGAACGUUCCCUCCUCCUGGAGGGAGAGAGAUGAUGACGGCGGAGCCAGUUCAGGCACCGCCAUUCUCCUUUGAAGAGGUGGCUGUGUACUUCACCGAAGAGGAGUGGCACCUUUUGGAUGCAGAGCAGAGAGAUCUGUACUGGGAUGUCAUGCAAGAGAACUACGAAAACGUGGCAUCUUUAGCCGUUCCCAUCCCUAAACCUGAGCUGAUUUCCCGGUUGGAACGAGGGGAGGAACCAUGGAUCUCAAAUCUUCCAACAACAGAGGGCAAGAAGAUCCCCAUAAACCUUUGUGAAGGGAAUGAGCUCUCCUUGAUUCCCUCCAUUCCAGCAAGCGAAGUGAUUGUGAGGGAGAUCAAAGAGGAGAUCCCUGAGACUGACAUUUCAGGGCAAGCAGAACCCCGUUGGACUUUGCUGGCGGCCCCCCCGGGGACCGUGCCUUUAAACGCUGAGAUGCGACGCGGUCUACAAAGGCAAUGGGAUCCCCAACCGGGGCAUAUGUGGCGCGAACCGCCCAGGCACUUGAGAGCAGCCAAUUCGAAGCGCAGCAUGUUCCACGUGGGCCGGAAGAAGCUGAUGUGUCCUGAGUGUGACCGGUGGUUCCACUGCAAAUCUGAGUUUUUGCUGCACUGGCGGACUCACACGGGAGAGAAGCCCUACGAGUGCCUGGCGUGUGGGAAACGCUUCAUCCAGAGCUCCCACUUGAGUGCCCAUCGGAGGAUUCAUACAGGGGAGAAGCCUUACGAAUGUCCCAAAUGUGGACGGAGCUUCAAUCGCCGCUCCACUCUUACCGAACAUUUGAGGAUCCACACGGGGGAGAAACCAUACAAGUGCCUCCAGUGUGGGGAGAGCUUCCGGUGGAGACCCUAUUUGACCAAACACCAGAGAAUCCACUUGGUUGGAAACCCUACCUACAAAGGCCUUGAGAAUGGAGAAGCUAUGACUGAGAGCUCAUCGCCAGGCGAGCAGCAGGAAGUACUCACAGAUAGUGACCCUGUAAGGAAUGGUACUGCAGAGACAAAUUCUCAUCACGCAGCCUCCGAGUUGGUGAUGCAGCACGACAGGGUGAUGCUUAACGCUGAGACGCAAGUUGUCAAGCAAGACUUGGAGACUCACCCACUUGAGAAACCAAUAAAGACUGAAGCAGCAGCUCUCCCUGAAGGAAAUGAUGUGACCGAUGUCAGCCAGCUUAAGAUUGUGCAGGUUGAAAAGAAACACGUGUGCCAUGAGUGUGGCAAAGCCUUCCAGUACAAGUUUGAACUGGUGAAGCAUCACCGGACCCACACGGGGGAGAAGCCUUUUGAGUGCCUGGCAUGUGGCAAGCGGUUCUUCCAGAGCACCCACCUCAAUGCGCAUCUCCGCAUCCAUACAGGGGAGAAGCCCUACGAGUGCCCCAAGUGUGGACGGAGCUUCAACCGCCGCUCCACCCUUACCGAACACCUGAGAAUCCACACGGGGGAGAAGCCCUACAAGUGCCUGCAAUGUGGGGAGAGCUUCCGGUGGAGACCCUACCUGACUAAACAUCAGAGGACCCACUUGGGGGACAACGCCUACAAGUAUUUUGACAGUGGGGAAAGCCUCUACGACAGUUCGUCUUUUCCUGAACACCCAGAUGGAAACCAUCCAGGGGACAGCGUGACAAUUGAGCACUUAAAGGAAAAUCCUCAACAGAGAAGCCUUGAAGUGGAGGAGCCAGGUGUGUUUCCAGCUCACGCCAAUAGAGAAGAUUCCCUAAAGUCUAGAGCCACAGCUGGUAAUGGACGUGAGUCCUUCAGACACCCAAGAAAAGAAUGAUGGGUUACAAUACACAGACACACCAGCCUUCAAACUUCUUGUUUCAUCUCUGAAUGUUGAAUUUGCCAGAAAAGGAGGCUACGUUUGGAAGAAGCCUACAACCUGUGCACAGCCUUGCCCAGAUGGCGUGAAAAGAGACUGACAGAGUUGAAAUGCACUUUGGGAUAAUCUCUAUCCCACUGUUAAAUUGAUAAAGUUUGACACCACUUUAACUGCCAUAGCUUAGUGCUCAUGGGAGUCGUCAUUUGGUGAGUCAUGAGAAUCCUUUGGCAAAGAAAGCUAAAGACCCUGUAAAACCACAACUCCCAGGAUUCUAUACUAUUGAGCUAUGGCAGUUAAAGUGAUGUCAAACUGCGUUAAUUCUACAGUGUGGAUGCACCCUUAAAAGUCCAAAAGGAUUUUUAGUUUAGCAGCCACUUACUCCUCACAUCAAUAUGAAUCACAUGGAAUGUGGAGAAAGAUCCUUAACUAAAACAUUAACAUUUUAAUGUUUUAUCUUUAUUACAAAACAGAUGUGUUAAUUCAUGUGCAUGUUUUGUGUUGUUGCCCAGGAAAUAGGCUAAUAUUAUGAUCAUACUAUUUGGCCAAAAGACAGAAUAUCAAAAUGUCACUCAAGCUAAAGCUGUGUGCAUUCUACUACUGAACUGCAAAAGUAAAAUAAUAAUAAUAUAGGGAUGCAAUUCACCUUGACAAGUUUCUAGCCUAGGAACCUUGAAAAUGCCAAGUUCCAGAAUCUCAUAAAUCUGAGCAUGGUUAUGUGCAGUCAGGAGAUAGAGGGUCAGCAUUGUGGGCAGACAUCUGCAAGUAAAUAUGUAGAUAAGCAGAAUUUGUUAUACAAAAAUAUGCAAUUGCACUUGUUUGCCAUAUCCAGACAGAGAACUCGGCUAUGUUGUUGACAUUCCUUGAUUUUAAGGUAAACAUUUUGAUUCACCUGGAUUCAUGGAGUCCCUGGGGGCGCAAUGGGUUAAACUCUUGUACCAGCAGGACUGCUGACCUGAAGAUUGCUGGUUCGAAUCUGCUGAGAGCACAGAUGAGCUCCCUCUGUCAGCUCCAGCUCUCCUUGCAGGGACAUAAGAGAAGCCUCCCACAAGGAUGGUAAGCAUCAAACAUCCGGGCGUCCCUUGGGCAACAAUCUAGCCGACGGCCAAUUCUCUCACAUCAGAAGCAACUUGCAGUUUCUCCUGACACAAAAAAAACUGGAUUCAUAUCAACCUCCAAACAUCGGAGGCUGAGAUGCGCUAUUCAAAUCAAGCCUGCUUUGCUGUUAUCCCUCCACAUUUGCAGGUUUGACUUUUGUGAAUUUAAUUACACUGCGUAACAAAAUUUGAAAAAUUUUCUGUUCCUGGCUUGAAAGUAUUAUUUCCGGUUUAAUUGUGUGAUAUUUACUUUGAAAGUAGUUGUUAUACUCCAGAAACUUCGUUUUUGUGGCUGCCGCAAACUAUGUUGAAUUGUUUGAGACUCGAUUUAUUUUUAAUUGUGUCAGAAGCGUCUUGAGAACAUACUGCAAGUCAUUUCUGAUGUGAGAGAAUUGGCCGUCUACAGAGACGUUGCCCAGGGGAUGCCUGAAUGUGUUACCAUCCUGCUGUGAGGCUUCUCUCAUGUCCCAGUAAGCUAGAACUGACAGGCAGGAGCUCACCCCGUCUCGUAGAUUCAAACUGGCAACCUUCAGGCCUGCAACCCAACCUUCAGGUCAGCAGUUCAGGCAGCACAAGGGUUUAACUCAUUGCACCACCACAGCUCCUCACGGUUUAGACUCAUUGAAAAACUAUAGCAAAAUGUGCUGCACGAUGUCCCUCCCAUAAAAACAAAGUUUUUGGUGUUUCACAAACUUUAUCAAAGUUUUCAUAAUAGAAUCAAUUAUUAAAUGGCAUUUAUAAAUUGUAUUACAUAGUGUUAUUCACAGAUUUGAUUUAAAAUGCUCUCACUAGGAAUCUCUAGGUUCUCAAUGUAAUGCUCUGUUCAGCUUCCAGCAGAAGUUGGACAUAGGUUAAUCCUGGAAGACCUAGAAAUUCCUAGAGAAGUGUUCUAUGGUAAAAAGGGGUAAUUUACAGUUUUUCAUUUUCAUGAGGCUCUUGAGCUCCUAAACCCAGCACAUAUGGAGGGCUAACUGGUUUUUUUUUUACUUUUUUUUAGUUUUGCUGACAAAAGACCCGAUCCUUGUCAUGUUUCACACAGUAAAAAUCAGGCUAUUGUUUUGUUGACAUUGCUUUUGUGCACAGCCUUUCCCCUUGUUGGGGAUCACAGAAAACGACCAGUAAGGAAUGGUGGAUUGCAAAAGAAGUUGUAGUUCUCUAAUCUCCAGUGUGGGGAUCUAUUGGUAGAAACAUGACCUCCCACACAGAAAUUGUGGCAAAAAUUUGCCCUGUCAAAAGGGAAUGCCUGGCCACAAGCGGCCACGGCCUUACAGUAUUUUGCAAUAGUAGACGAAGUGUGAGGGCGUUUUUUUCUUUUUCGAAAAAAGGAGAAGUAACACUGAAUGAGGUAAACUCAGCAACAUUAUAAUAACAAAGCACUAAUAUUUCCUUGUCCCGAUUUCUUCAUUUUUGUUGUUCUUUGUGUACAUGCAGCAUGUUCCAAUUUUAGAAUUGGAUUAUAAAUAAGUUUAUUUCUA